AUGGCCGAUUCACGCCCCAACAUCCUUUUCAUCAUGGCUGAUGACCAUGCCGCCAAAUCAAUUUCUUGUUACGGAGCUGGCAUCAACAACACGCCCAAUCUGGAUCGCCUGGCUACUGAAGGAAUGAAGUUCAAUCAUUGCUACGUAACAAAUAGCAUUUGCACUCCUUCCCGCGCAGCAAUUUUGACCGGAACACACAAUCAUGUCAACGGAGUCAUGACACUAGACUCGAAAAUCAACAAGCACCUUCCUAAUGUGGCCAAGCAACUCCGAGUCGGUGGUUAUCAGACUGCGAUGGAUCACGAGCCUACGGGAUUCGACUACUGGGAAGUCGUUCCUGGUCAGGGUGAAUAUCACGAUCCUCAAUUCAUUGGACCCAGCGGCACAACGCGAGAGAGCGGAUACGCAACCGACAUUAUCACUGAUAAGAGUCUUAACUGGAUCAAAUCGCGUGAUCCGAAAAAGCCCUUCUUCAUGAUGUGCCACCAUAAGGCACCGCACCGCAGCUGGGAAUGCGAUCCCAAGCACAAGAAUCUGUACAAAGACCCCGUUCGGGUGCCAGACACCUUUACCGACAAUUACAAGAACCGCGCAAAGGCUGCCAAGGUAGCUAAGAUGCGUGUGGCAGAGGAUCUCACAUACAUGGAUCUGGGACUGGCUCAACCCGACGGCCCGGCUCAUAUCGUUGGCACCAAAAUGCUGGAUACUUGGUCGUGGUUUGACCGGAAGAUUCCCGACCCGGAGGACGUGACCAAACUGAAGUUGAUCGAUAAGGAAGAUGGAACGGUCUUCACAUUCAAGUCCCGCCAGGAACUGGCCGAGUUCAAAUUCCAACGAUAUAUGCAGCGGUACCUCCGCACAGUCCAGAGCAUCGACGACAACGUGGGCCGCAUGCUGGACUAUUUGGAUGCAGGGGGACUGGCUGAGAACACCAUUGUCAUCUACACCUCCGACCAAGGCUUCUUUCUCGGCGAACACGGCUGGUUCGAUAAGCGUCUUGUUUACGAGAACAGCUUCAACAUGCCAUUCCUGAUUCGGUAUCCCCGAGAGAUUUCAGCCGGAAGUAUCUGCAAUGACAUAAUUUGCAACGUGGAUUUUGCUCCGACUUGGCUGGACUUCGCCAAGGUGCGGAAGCCGACAUACAUGCAGGGUGUGAGCUUCCGUCAGCUAUUGAAGCAGCGCACCCCGCAAGACUGGCAGCAGGUAGCAUACCAUCGAUACUGGAUGCACCGAGAUAUCAUCCACGAGGCAUAUGCGCAUUAUGCAGUGCGAGACAAGCGCUAUAAGCUGAUUUACUGGUACAACGAGGACUUUGGAAUUGAGGGAACUCGCCCCGGUGGCGAAGAGAAGAAAUGGGAACUCUUUGAUCUCGACGAGGACCCCAUGGAGCUCUUCAACUGUUAUUUUGAGCCCAAAUAUAGUGAUGUCGUGAAGUACAUGACCAAACUGCUGGAGGAUAAGAUGGAGGAGAUUGGUGAUGAACCUGUGCACCCGCGCCAGAUAUGA